GGCACGUAACAGCCGGGGACUCGUCACCGCUACUCUGGGCGCGAGGAGUAUUGGUCAGCACUUGCAGCGGCGGCUAGAAGCGGCGUGUCUGUUGUCUGUGACCAGCUCGGCAAAUUACUGCGGUGAAAGCGCUCGGCAGAGGAUAGAACGAUUACUUUAUCAAAUAUGAUUCAUAUCGUCCGUUUUAUCCCUGGAAAGGAUAAUAUGCAAGACCAUCACAGUAGAAGCGCAUGUCUAUAGCCUUGGUGUAUUUUGGGACUCCUUUUCACUGGCUGCAGGCCUAAUUUUAUUCAGCACCAUUUGAGGCUUGCCAUUACUGGAUUCAUUAUUACCUGCUGACAUUGUUACAUCAGUUGCUUUCUCUUAAUCUCUUUAAGCUGGAUCCAGAUUUCCUGAAAACUUAAGUGCCUUCAUUUUUUGAAAUCUUAUCCCUCUAUUUUCUGAAAUACAGCAGUAUUAACAGGUUUCUCAGUCCACAAGAAAAGAAAAUGAUCCCUAACGGGUAUUUAGUUUUUGAAGAUGAAAAUUUCAUUGAAUCGUCUGUGGCCAAACUCAAUGCUCUACGAAAAAGUGGACAAUUCUGUGAUGUAAGACUCCAGGUCCGUGGACAUGAGAUGCUGGCUCAUAGAGCUGUCCUUGCUUGCUGCAGCCCCUAUUUGUUUGAAAUUUUCAACAAUGAUAGUGAUCCCCAUGGCUUUUCUCAUGUGAAAUUUGAUGACCUCAAUCCAGCUGCAGUUGAAGUUUUAAUGAAUUAUGCCUACACUGCACAGCUUAAAGCAGAUAAAGAACUUGUAAAGGAUGUGUAUUCUGCUGCCAAAAAGUUGAAGAUGGAUCGAGUGAGACAGGUCUGUGGUGAUUACAUAUUAUCCAGGAUGGACGUUCAAAACUGUAUUUCUUAUCGAAACUUUGCCAGUCAGAUGGGAGACUCUCGGUUGUUGGGUCAGAUUGACAGUUGCAUUCAAGAAAACCUAAUGGAGAUUUCGGAGCAGGAUGAAUUCUUAAAACUUCCACGAUUAAAGUUGGAGGUGAUUUUAGAAGAAAAUGUAUGCUUGCCAAGCAAUGGUAAAGUUUACACAAAGGUAAUCAACUGGGUGCAACGUAGUGUCUGGGAGAAUGGAAAAAACCUGGAAGAUCUAAUGGAAGAGGUUCAAACCUUGUACUACUCUGCUGAUCACAAACUGCUUGAUGGGAGCGUACUAGAUGGACAGGCUGAAGUGUUUGGCAUUGAUGAUGACCACAUUCAGUUUGUACAGAAGAAAUCUCCGCGGGAGAGCAAUCACCAUCAGAUAUACAGCAACACUUCAGGACAUCUGUCUACUCAAGUUCAAACAAACAAACAUGAGUGGAAAAUCAUUGCUUCAGAGAAAACGUCAAGUACUACAUAUCUGUGCUUGGCUGUUUUAAAUGGUGUGCUGUGUGUCAUCUUUCUUCAUGGCCGCAACAGUCCUCAAAAUUCACCUGCCACAACUCCAUGUCUGAUUAAGAGUACAAGUUUUGAGGUUCAAGGUGGAGAUGACAAACUCCUGUCCCCCAUGCAAUAUGCUCGCUCUGGUCUAGGAACAGCAGAGCUUAAUGGCAAGCUUAUUGUUGCUGGUGGCUAUAAUCGUGAGGAAUGCUUGCGAACAGUAGAGUGCUAUGAUCCUGCAACAGAUGGAUGGACCUUCAUUGCUCCAAUGAGGACACCACGGGCACGAUUUCAGAUGGCUGUGCUAAUGGGUCAAUUGUAUGUAACCGGAGGAUCUAAUGGCCAUUCGGAUGAACUUUGCUGCGGUGAGACCUACAAUCCAAAUGCUCACGAUUGGACUCCAGUGCCCGAGCUUCGUACCAAUCGUUGUAAUGCAGGUGUAUGUUCAUUGAAUGGCCAGCUAUAUAUUGUCGGAGGUUCGGAUCCAUACGGACAGAAAGGAUUAAAAAACUGUGAUGCCUUUGAUCCGGUCUCAAAAAUCUGGACAAGUUGUGCUCCUCUCAAUACAUGCAGACAUCAGGCUGCUGUUUGUGAACUGGACGGCUACCUGUAUGUGGUUGGAGGGGCAGAGUCUUGGAAUUGUCUGAACACUGUGGAGCGGUAUAAUCCAGAGAACAACACUUGGACUCUAGUUUCGCCCAUGAAUAUGGCUCGCCGUGGAGCAGGAGUUGCUGUCUAUGAUGGAAUGAUUUUUGCUGUCGGAGGUUUUGAUGGAACCCGUGCACUCCGUUGCGUUGAAACGUAUGAUCAUACCAAAAAUGAGUGGAAGAUGAUGGGAAGUAUGACAUCAGCAAGGAGCAAUGCUGGAGUUGCUGUAGUGAAUGGACUACUUUAUGCUGUGGGAGGCUUCGAUGGCAAUGACUUUCUGAACAACUUAGAAGUAUACGAUCCGGAAACCAAUGAAUGGAGCCCAUGCACCAAUACAAAUACACCCAGUUUAUAAAAAAAAAAAAAAAAAAUAGCAUUUUCUUUCCUGCUUAAGUUUAGUGAUUUGUGUUGUACUUUUUGGAAGGUUUUUGGUGGGGAGGAGAGGCUUACACUGUUGGAGGUUUAUGGUUGGGUGUAGGUUUCUAGGACGCUUGAAGCAUGAAGUCUGGAUUUUUAUAGUAACACAAAACCGUUUUGGGGUUUGCUUACACUUAAAUUAAGUUGUAAAUACUAUUGUCCCUGGAUGUAGGUACGUUUGUGUAUUCCUAGUGGGUAUUUUGGUUACGUGCUAACCUGGUGUGCAGGAGGUUUCCCUUUCAAAAUUUGGAAAAUAGGAAACUUAUUUUGUUUUUAAAUUGAGCUUCCCUGGAAUUUUGUUUUGCAGCAUUUGCACAUUUGUCACAUCAUGAAGUUAUCUGGUUUGAAGAAAUAACAUGGCAAACUUGGAUUGUUAGGAAGGCAUGCAAUGGGGAUGGAGAGGCAAGAUCACUGCUUCCACCCUUAGUUUUUUCUUUUUAAAUCUAUCUUAGUUUAAAUAUGUCAUGGAUAAACUGACCAGUCUGCAAUUAAAGCAAUUUUGCUUUGGGUUCAAUGUUUUAUGAUCACAUUUUGUAAACAAUUUUUAUACUUGGAUGAAUAUACAGUAGAAGAAAAGCAGAUUGUUUGGAAGCAUUAAACUAAGCCUCCAAUUAGAAUUUGAAGUGCAAGAGUGUGACAUAAUACUCCUUGAAAGAGCUUUUAAUGUCUGCCUCUGCUAUAACUUAUUGUACUACUCUGUAAAUGCUUAAAAUUAACAAGGGUUUUCAAAUGUGUACUUGUGUUAGGAUGGAAUAGUGAAGGAUUGAGCACCUGUGUAAGAAAUAAAUUGUUACAAGCUAUGUAGCUAACAUUCCUAAAACUAUUAAUUACUUCGGCAAUUAAAUAUUUGAGCUCUUAA